GCCCUUAAAUCCAAUCGCCGACCGCCCCUGCUGCAGUGCUUCUGUGCCCACCGCCGAGUUAGGGCACACAUCUCAAACCCACAACUUCAAUCGGCUUUUUUUCUUUUGCGAUUCAGGCAAGCCAUGGGUCAAAAACAGCUCGAGGGUGAACAGGCUGCCAUGGGAUCCUCGUGUCAAAGCAUUUUACCCGUGGCUGAUAAAUCAUGCUCAGAGGCUUCCACUCCAGUAAAAAAGCUGCAUAUACAUGCAAGCCAGCAUCUUGAUGCUAACUUUGUGACUCCGACACCAGAGAAAACUGAGGAGACUUUGAACAUUAGGUGCAAAAAGGAACCUGCUAAACUCCCAGAGAAAUACGGAACCCUCUCGGAGUUUUUUGAUCGUAUGACCACUUCACUGAGGCUGCUCAAUCUGCAUAAACAGUUGCCUACUUUUCAGAAUAUAUGCCGUCAAGUUGAAACACUCACAAAAAGGAAAUUCUCGUAUAGGCAUCUUGCACAGAUAAAGUUCAUUUUCCCAGAGGCCGUUCAGGCUGAUAAGAUACUUUUACACAAUAAGAAGACUUUGAGCAUGGAGCCAGAAUUAAAAGUUACAUUGCUUUUUGAUGUCAUAGAAGGCCACAUUGAACACUCUCCUUAUAUAGCUCUGUGUCAUACGUUUUUCCAUAGGCUCAUCAAGUUUGUCAAUACACACCCAGAGGGCUGUGAUGUACCUGAGGCUGAACUUCCCGAGCCAUUUAACCAAAGAGAUAUCACAAUUUCUGCAAACUCUUUGCCCGUGGAUUCAUCAGUGGAAACACUACCAAAUAUCGACGAAGCUGAGCUACUUAACCCUUCCCACCUGCAACCAUCUUUCAGUAGACACUUCUCAAGAAAAGACGAAGAAUCCAUAAAGACGGAGCUCUCACCAACUUCAGUUUCGCCUUCCUCUAUUACAUCCGAUACCACAAAUGAUAGAAAAAUUGGUUAUAGUUCAUGUUCGGAUCCAGUCAAGCACGACAAAGCUCUCCAAGUUGCUAAUGAAGAAACACCAAUGAAACCUCCAUUGGUACUUGCCGAAGUAACUACUGAGACUCCUGACCUAUCAACUCCAAAGAGAUCCGUUCCUACUGAAAACAAGAUCAAGAGUGUGAUUAGCCAGAAAGGGAUGGCAAGCAAUUUGUUUGCAAAAAGAUCCCUGGAUUUCUCAACUGCUGACGACGAAGGUGAAUUUCUGGAUGAAAAAACCACAUGUGCUAAAAAGGUGGAGGAUAGGACGUCCAAGAAUGAUUCCAUCGCUCAAAGUGGACUAAAAGUGCAUCAAGAUACAUCUAGUUGCUUAUCUGACCUUGUUGAGACGAUUCACAACAUAUUUUGUUCUGCACAAUGGUCUUCAAUUACGAAAGGUGAACUUGUUCACAAAGUCUUGGUGAAUAACUUUGACAUCAUAGAGAGCGCAGGAGAGAUUGAAGAACAGAUAGAGCUUCUUGUGAACAAGGUACCAGAUUGGAUUAGUAAGAAGGUGGAUCCUUGUGGGGAUUUCUUGUACAACAUCAACAAAGGGUCAGAUUUGAAGUCCAUCACUGAGAAGCUUACAUAACUAUAUAUGUUAUGCAACCAAGAUGCUUAAGGUGACAGUCGACGUGAUCGGGUUUUAGUUUUAUGCUGUUAUUUGUUGGUUUCGAGAACUUGAGAGGAAAGCUUUCAUGGUGAAACGAUAUAGAGGAAAGUUACUCGGUGAGGGGUUGCUCGUGUGUUUCUUUUUGGAUGUUUUAACCGGAUAUUGUAUCAAAACAUUAAGUCGUUUAACGGUCGUUAACUUUUUUCUACUACUAGUUCCUAUGUGAGGGUAUUUUGAU